AUGGGUGCUGCUUUGAGUUGCAUAGCGCUACCUGCUAUUGGAUCCGUUGGCACAUGGAUUGCUAGUUGUUUCUCGGCUGCAGCAUGUUCUUUAUUCUGUAAAAGCUGCAACUGCAACAACUCCAUUGCAACACGCAUCGGUUAUGCGAUUAUCUUUUUGCUCAACUCUAUCUUAGCCUGGCUUAUGCUUUCCAACUGGGCCAUCAAACAACUACAACGUAUCACGCUUGAUUAUAUGAAACUCGAAUGCUCCGAGGGAACAUGUUAUGGGAUCAUUGCUGUUCAUCGAGUAUGCUUUGCAUUGGUUCUUUUCCAUGCUUUAUUAGGCUGUUUACUACUUGGUGUACGGGAUAGUCGACAAAAACGUGCUGCAAUUCAGAAUGGAUGGUGGGGUCCAAAGGUUCUUUUGUGGAUCGCACUCUUGGCCGUAGCAUUUUUCAUUCCCAAUGGCUUCUUUAUGGUUUGGGGCAACUACUUCGCAUUGAUCGGCGCAGCCAUCUUCAUCUUAUUCGGCUUGGUGCUUCUUGUGGAUUUCGCACACAGCUGGACUGAACGAUGCUUGGAGAAUUAUGAAGAGAACAACUCAAGUAAAUGGAAAUACAUCCUUGUCGGUGGAACGCUUCUCAUGUUUGCGGGCGCUAUCACCAUGACUGGCAUCAUGUAUGGAUUCUUUGCCACGAAUAGUUGUUCAUUGAAUCAAUUCUUUGUCACUCUCAACUUGAUUCUCUGCGUCCUUAUUACAUUGCUUUGCAUCUCGCCCUCUGUACAAGAAGCCAAUCCUCGCUCAGGUUUAUCGCAAGCAUCCAUCGUUGUUGUCUACUGCACCUACGUCGUCAUGUCAGCUGUUGUCAACGAACCCAAUGAUAAGCAAUGCAAUCCUUUACGUCGUUCUCAAGGUCCACAAACAGCAUCCAUUGUACUAGGCGCUAUCUUUACCUUUUUGGCUGUUGCCUAUUCUACAAGCCGUGCAGCAACACAAGAUAGUGCACUUAUCAACAACAAGAGUCGUCGUCAGCAUUACGAGCCACUCGAUACAGCAAGCGCUGUUCCAUUGCAAUCAAAUCAAGUGGAAGCAGGAGCUCAACGCAUGAGCACCCAAGGUGGACCACGUGAUCAUUUAUUGGCAGCUGUUGAAAGCGGUGCAUUGCCACGCUCAGCCCUUGAUGAAGAUGAUGAUGAUGACUACGAUGAUGAUGACAAGGACGAUGAACGCUAUGGCUCCGUAUACAACUAUUCGUUCUUCCAUUUCGUAUUUGCCAUUGCUGCCAUGUAUAUUGCGAUGGUCUUGACCAAUUGGAAUACUAUCUCUAUGGAAAACAUGCAAGCGCCUGAUCAAGACGACAGCGACUUUGUUCGAAUUGGCCAGAGCUACACAGCCGUUUGGGUCAAGAUCGUCUCGGGAUGGUUGUGUCACGUCUUUUAUGGAUGGUCCCUCGUCGCUCCUAUUGUGAUGCCUGAUCGAUUUACGGAUUAUUAA